AUGGGCGGCGAGAUUCCUGCCCUAGCAAUUACCGACGCUCUAAUCCGUGCCAUUCCGAACGCUAUUCAAGCCGAGUCCUACCAGCAAGAAACUUUUCAUGAUUCCCAGUUGGAUUUCGCCACUUAUACUCGUCCCGAAGUAUUUGAAGGCUUAAAAGUUCCCGAAGUUUUAUUGUCCGGUCAUCAUGAAAAAAUUAGGAAAUGGCGGGUCGAAAGCCGUCAACAAAAAACCCACCAGCGCGAAAAAAAAUACAAAAAUAGUAAGAAGAAAAAGAAAGCGGAUAAAAUGCCGAAAGAAAGAGGUAGUUUUCGUUUGGAAGUAGUCUUCAUGGAAGAAGAGUUAAUUAGCAUGAAAGAGUAUUUUGAAUGUUUAAUUAAUGCUGAUUAUCGUAUUUAUUAG